AAUGAUCUUGUUAAUAAUUUUGAUGAAAAACUGAAUAGUUUUAUAUGUUAUGUUAUUCGUGCAUUACCCACGUGGAUUAUUUUUUGACAACUAUGUCAGAUCCACUACCAUUACCACAAAAAAAAUAUUAUAGACAACGUGCACAUUCGAAUCCUAUAGCAGACCACUGCUUAGAAUAUCCUAUUAAACCUGAUUUAAUGAAUUGGAAUUCAUUAUAUCCAUUUUAUUUUCCAUUUAACAAAGAAUCUAAAGAGGAUAAUGAUGCAAAGAAAUGUGUUGAAUUUGUAGAUAUUGGUUGUGGCUAUGGAGGAUUAUUAGUUACAUUAUCACCAAUGUUUCCUGAUAAUUUAAUUCUUGGUAUGGAGAUUAGAGUAAAAGUUUCUGAUUAUGUUAUGGAUCGUAUAGCUGCAUUAAGAUCACAAUAUCCUGGACAAUAUCAAAACAUUGCAUGUUUGAGAACUAAUGCAAUGAAGUAUUUACCAAAUUACUUUCAAAAAGGCCAGUUGAAAAAGAUGUUUUUCUUAUAUCCAGAUCCACAUUUUAAAAAAUCUAAACACAAAUGGAGAAUUAUAAAUAAGACACUCUUGGCAGAAUAUGCUUAUGUGUUAGCUGAAGAUGCCACUGUAUACACAGUGACAGAUGUUAAAGAUUUACAUGAAUGGAUAGUAAAACAUUUUCAAGAACACCCAUUAUUUGAUAAUAUUUCUAAAGAAGAAUUGGAUCAAGAUCCCAUUAUUGAGAAAUUAUAUGAAAGCACAGAAGAAGGUCAAAAAGUAUCAAGAAAUAAAGGAGAUAAGUUUUUAGCUAUCUUUAAACGUAUUCCAGAUCCAUUUGAAAAAAAAAUUAGUUGAUAUCAAAUAUAUUAUAAAUGUCAUAUACUUGUAAAUAAAUGAAAAUUUUUAUAAUCAUA